AUGGAGCGUUUCCCGCCUUCAAUGCCCAUAGCCUUCGUCCUCCUCCUUCUAGCAGCUCGGGUACAUUACGCUGAGGCGAACCCUGGCCGCCGGCACCCGAUCCGCUCCAUCUUCAGCUUUGGCAAUUCGUACACCGACACGGGAAACUACGGGAAGCUUGCCGCGCCGGUGCUUCCUGUCAUUCCUUUCAGCAACUUACCCUACGGAGAGACCUUCUUUGGCCGCCCCACCGGCCGAGCCUCCAACGGACGUCUCAUCCUCGAUUUCAUCGCCGAUGAGUUUGGGCUCCCUUUCAUCCCGCCGAUCCUCGGCGAGGAGCGUAACUUCACCCACGGAGCGAACUUCGGCGUCAUCGCCGCCACGGCGCUGGAUCUAGGCUUCUUCCUCGAGAAGAACAUCACCACCGUGCCCCCUCUCAACAGUUCACUGAACGUGCAGCUCGAGUGGUUCCGGAAGCUCAAGCCCACAUUGUGCUCAACGCCCCAAGGCUGCAGAGACUACUUCCGGAGAUCUCUCUUCUUCAUGGGAGAGAUUGGCGGGAACGACUAUAACUUCAUGAGGGCCGCUGGGAAAACCAACGAGCAGGUCGCGUUAUACGUGCCGAAAGUAGUACAGACCAUCACAGCAGGCGUCGAGGCAGUAGUCGAGGCGGGAGCCAGGUACGUGGUGGUGCCGGGGAUACUGCCGACGGGUUGCAUUCCGAUCGUGCUGACGCUGUUCGCGAGCCCGAACAGGAGCGACUACGACGCCCGGACCGGGUGCCUGCGGGAGGACAACGCGGUGGCGCGCUACCACAACUCGGCGCUGCUGGAGGCCGUGCGUCGGCUCCGGUGCAAGUACCCCGCCGUCAAGAUCGUCUACGCCGACUACUACGAGCCGGUCAUGGCGUUCCUCAAGAAACCAACCGCAUUCGGGUUCAGCGCCACCACAUCGGGGCUCCGCGUGUGCUGCGGAGCAGGAGGGCCGUACAACUACAAUGCGACCGCCCCAUGCGGGUUGCCUGGCGCCACCGCAUGCCCGGACCCUGCCACACACAUCAAUUGGGACGGCAUCCACCUCACCGAGGCGGCUUACAAGCAUAUCGCUACCGGUUGGCUCCGCGGCCCGUAUGCACACCCACCUAUUUUCGAUGCCGUGCAUCCGUAGCACCGUACAUCAUUCAGGAAUGUUUAUUCUUG